AUGGCCGAAACUGCUGCUAGCGAAACGAAACCAAUUACGCCACCGGAAUGGCUAAACGCGGCCUACCUGGAAGGCGUACUGCGAAAAUCAGAAGGUGAUCGAGACCUGCAGGUCGAAGAUGUGGAGAGCUCCCCGGUGGGAAAACCUGGCGAGUAUCUGGCCAGCCAGUUGUUCCGUGUUACGGUCCAGUGCAAGGGACCGAAGGUGAACGGUUCGAAAAAGCUAGUGGUGAAAAUUCUUCCCGAAAACGACAUCAUCGGGGGCACGAUGGGGAAAAGUUUGUUUGAAACGGAACUGAAAAUGUACGGCGAAUUUUUGCCCCAGUUCAAGCGCCUCUUGGACGAGAACGAACGACCGGUGCCAUUGCCCAAGUGUGUAUACGCCGGUGACAAUCCAUCACCGGUUAUUAUAUUGGAAGAUUUGGCUCCCGAAGGGUGGCAAGGGCAUGAUCUCGUCGAGAGUUUCGAGCAAGCAAAACCCAUCACGAUCGCGAUCGCUCGAUUUCACGCGGCUUCAUUUUAUCUAAGCAAACAAAAAACCGACUUCGAGGGCUUUCAGACGGACAUAUUUAAGCAGAAGCAUCCAACGCUCGAUUGGAUGUUUGGGAAAAAUUUGAAAGCUUUCAACGAUGCCCUGCGCACGUGGGAAGGCUGCGAAGCGUUUGUUGAACCGUUUGAACGUGCCUAUGCCGACUACUGCGAUCGGCUGCACGAUAUCUACAGCUGCCGAACACCGGGCCGGCUGUACAAUGUGCUGAACCAUGGAGAUUUUCACGCGAAAAACCUGCUGCACCAGUUCAACGACGAAGGAGCAAUUGCUGACUCCCGGUUCCUGGACUUCCAGGCCUCCUGCUGGUCGACGCCCGCCAUCGAUCUGUACUACCUCCUGAACAAUAUUGUGCAUUACAAAGUGAAGGCAGCACACAAGGAGGAUUUGAUUACCUUCUACCAUGCCGAGUUUGCGGCCACACUCAAAGCGGUCGGAUAUAUGGGACACAUUCCGACGUUGCUGGACCUGCAAAUUGAGCUGUUACAGAAUGGCUUCUUGGAUAUUCUACACUACACUUGCUUUUUGCAGUUUCGGUUUUUCGAUUUUAGUAAAAUUCCUCCAGAAGUGCUCGCCUCUGGUCAGGUGGGAAAUUUGGGUCUCCAGAACGAGGAAUAUCAGGAGCUCAUGAAAGAACUUAUCCCGGGCUACAUCCAUAAGGGGUUAUUAGAAUAA